GAUCGUGGUGUGCUGUGAGCCGUGUUUUGGUGCGAGGAAAGCCGCCGCCGCCGCCGUCGCCGACCUCCAGCCGCCUCCUCGCAGUGCCUCCGCCGCCCCACGGGCCCGUCCUCCGCCGCCGCCGCCGCGAAGCCGGCGAAAACGGAAAAAUGUGUGCGCGUUGAGGUUAGGUCGUCGAUAAGGGCGAAAGUCGCGCUCGCCGGCCGUAUUGCUUUUGUUUUCUCGUUAUUACUUAACGUGGAUUCGAAGUUGGAUCGAGUGUGUGGUGGAAAUGUGCGCUGACGUUUCGCCGAAACAAAGGAAAAAGUGGCCGGUUUUGUGCCUUUUCGGAGUUUAUGGGGGUUUGUGAGGGGGUUCCGGCGCCGAAGAGGACGAUUUUGGGUUGCAGCCGCCUCCAGAGCCACGAUGGAUCCACCUCCUCCUCAAAAGCACGAGAAGAUCAAACUUGUCGAGAUAAACUCUUACUUGACCUGUUAUCUCUGCGAGGGGUAUCUGAUCGACGCCACCACCAUAUCGGAAUGUCUGCAUUCGUUUUGCCGCAGUUGCAUAAUCAACUUCCUCCAGGAGAACUGCUACUGCCCCAUCUGCGAGGUCAUCAUCAACAAGGCCAAGCCGUGUCUCAAAUUGGACAAGACGCUCCAGGACAUCGUGUACAAACUCGUGCCAGGACUUUUCGUCAAGGAGAUGUACAGGAGGAAGGAGUUUUUCCAGAAUAGGCCUGCGUUGGCGCCGAAAGUUUCCCCAGAGGAGAGGGGAGAGGAUACCGAGAGGACGAUUUUUAAUCCUCAGGAUGCUAUUAGUUUGUCGAUUGAGUACAUCAGCGACGACUCGGCCCCAGGUGCUAUCCCCUCGCUGGCGACGACGCAGAAGGGCGCCGGCGGCGAGGAGGUCCAGGAUAACCCGAUGAAGAGGUAUCUGGAGUGCCCGGCCAUGUGCAGGAUAGAGGUGCUGAAGAAGUUCGUCAGGAAUAAGUAUAACGUGGACACGAAUCUCUUUCAUAUCGACAUACUGUACAAAAGGGUUCCCCUUCCCGACCACUACACCCUCAUCGACAUCGGAUACAUAUACUCGUGGAAAAGGAACGAACCCAUGAAGUUCUUCUUCCGGAUAACCGAUAUCAACAAGGUCGCUGAAAGGUUCGACUACUUCGACGGGAGGGUCUCCCCGGAGGUCGUCCAUCCGAAGCAGAGCACCAAGGUGAAGAGGAAGGACGCUAGUCACGAGAAAAAGCCUGUCAAACAGGAGAAGAAAGAAGAGAAGAAGGAGGAUAGCGCGAAAGUGGAGAAGAAAGAAGACAGUGCGAAGGCGGAAAAGAGUGAUGUGAUAUUAAAACCGGAAAUAACCGAAGAGAUUAAAAAUAAAAUACAGAGUGACAUUAAAGGUUCGGUGUACACGAACAUCACGCUAAACCGCGAGGACAACGUCGAGAUCAUCACGAAAAUCCAGAAAGUGUCGAAUAAAGAAGGACAACCGAUCGGGUUGAACAUCAUCAACCACACAGUGAAGAAGAACAAAGUACAAAGUAACAAUAAGAGUGAUUCUAAAGUAGUUCCUAGUAGUAGUAACGAAGACCCCAAACCCAAGACUGAAGACCCCAAGGACGACAAAGACAAAGAAAAGGAGGAAAUCGAGAAGUCGAACUUCCUCAAGAACAUCGAACUGACGGCGAAGAGCGCCCUCGAGAAAGACAAGAAAGAGAGACCAUCAGUGCCCCCACCGCUCCCCUCGUCGUCGUCGUCGUCGUCGUCACAGAAGCGCAAAAACUCGAGCCCGAUGAAAAACGACAAGAAACCGAAAAUCGAGAAGAAGCCAAUGAAGAUAAUAAUCCAGCCGAAGACUAUUCAGAACCCCACGGUGCGACAGAUGGUCACCAACGUCAACCAAAACGCCAACAACAUGUCGAAGAUUGUCGAACAGACGACGACAAAAACUGAUCUUCAGUCGUUAAUUGACAACUGCAAGAUCAACAUUCCGGCGUCGCUGUCAAUAACAUUGAACGAAGGAGGGGAAGGGGGGGCCCGCACUCCCCCUUCGAUCCCCCCCGUGAAGAACUACAUCGAAAUUUUGAAGCUCCCCGAUAAGGAAAGCACCAACGAAAAGAAACAAGAAAAGACACUACAAAACCCUACGAAAGGUGUAAUCAAAGACAAAAACCGGAACAUACAGACGUUCCAGAAGAUUUUUGAAGAGUCAAUCGUGAAAAAGGUGGAAGGAAGUGCAAGUCCGACGAAAGGGGCAAAAUCAACCCCUUUGGACCUCACUAGCACGAACGAACCAACCCCCAAUAACAACAACAACAAGAGAAAAAUUUUGGAAAUAGCGUCACAACUACAGAAGAAGACUAAAAUCGAACAGGAGAAGCAGAAGGAAGAAGGGUUGAAUAAAAUAAGUAUCCCGAAACUGGCGACCCAGCGGACGCUCAAACCACCCUCGACUAAACACGAGUACGGGCAAAACCGCCCCCAGAACAGCGCCAGUCUCCACUCCUCCAGUCUGGGUUUAAACUACACCGUGUCGGUCAACCAGAGCAAGAACGGGGACACCAAAGGCCAGGACUCCAAGCGACUCACCCCCUCCACGUCGAAGAGCGUCGCUAAGAGCAAAAACAGCACGAACGGGGCGGUUUCCGCCCCCAAGGGCUUGACUCCGAACCAGCUCCUCGAGACUUACAAUAUCCAGAGUAUGGCGCAGCUCACCGCGAGUUUGAAUUUUAACGCGGCGGGUUAUGGGGCCCUGCAGCACGCCAUGUUGAGGCAUAGCUGGUUGAAUCAGGGGCCGCUCUUGCAGUUCGAGAAGUACAUGCAGAGUCUGAGUGCGGCGCAGAGUAAACUUAUGGGGAACAUUAAGGAGAAUUGACAGAGGGUUUGUUUUGUUGAGGGUUGUUGAGAUGAGUUGUUAUUUUGUCGUUUGGAUUAUGAUGUCUUCUUAGUUUGGUCAUUACUUAAGGACUUUUGUUAAUGUUGUGUACUGUUAUUUUCAUUACACGUGAGUUAUGAUUGUAUUAUAAUGUAUGUACAAUGUAGAAUUUUAGAUUAAGGGAAAUGUAAAUUAUUUU